UUGAAAAGGAUAAGGGAAUAAUGCCUCUAGAACACAAAACAAUUCUGAUUUUGCUUCCUUUCUGACUCCUCUAAUAGGUUAAGCCUUCCGUUAUAUUAAAUAAGUUUUCUGCAGCAGUGGAAUUUUUGGGAUUCACAAAUAUUGAAUGUGUGCUUUAACUCCCUUAUUUGUGAAUCGAUUGGGACACAUUGUAAAAUUAAAUACAAUCAAACUAGCCCAUCCUUUUAAUUACAUUUAUAGUCAAUGUAUUUCACAAUUGUUGUUGGUUUCCUUUCCACAGACUGUAAGAUUAGCUGUCAAAUGAUCGACACCAUAGGCCUAACAAACCACUUCACACAAACGUGAAUAAAGAAGCAACCAAACCAGAUCCUUUGAGGGAAACUGUAGUAGGCCUGCCUAAUGCGGCCGGCACCGAGGUGGCCACAACUCACAGGUCUCUUGUUUCACGCACCCGUGCGCGCACAGGCACAGCUGCGCGUCCUGCACCAGACGGCUGAUCUCCGUGCCCACUUUCCUUUAAACUCGGCUCGGUGGAUUCGUUUUGGUUGUGGGUCCGUGGAGAACAGAAUGAAGCUCUACCCGUUGAAACACCGAUCUAUUCUCUGUUAAAGCCAAUCGAGGAUGUCUCCGUGUCAUGGGCACAGAGCGCAUGGACAAAGACACGGGGGGCGGUGAUGAAGACGUGCCUCCACCGUCUCACCUCGACAACGCCAGCGUCGCGGACGUGUCGGUGGAGGUGGCCACGGUCGACCACGCGCUGCAGAAGGUACGCAGGAAGUACCACCACACCCGGCACUGCCGCAAGAGGAGGAGCCGGAAGAAGAGGUUCGAGGAGCUGUGGUCGGGGCUGUGGACAUACCCCUACCUGGUGGUGGUGGUGGUGACGGCCGUGGUGUUCGCCGUGGUGGUGACCGUCUGGGCGCUGCUCUGGGUCUUCACAUUCCGCAGGGAGAGCAACAACGGAGUGUACUUUGCGGGGAUGAUCCGCGUGGCCAAUGAGGAGUUCAUCCCCGAGUAUCGCCACGCAGACUCCACUGAGUUCCUGUCCUUGGCCAAGAAGAUAGAGCUAGUGCUGAGCAACGUGUACAAAGGGUCAUCAGCGGCGAAACUUUACAAGCAAGCUGUCAUUUCAGACCUCAGCAACAACAACCUGGGCGGCGUGCUGGUCCACUUCUGGAUGGUGUUCGAGGUGCCCCAGCUCAAGAGCCCCGCAGUGCGUGAGGAGUGGGUGGGGGCCAUCCUCCGGGACUCGGUACUCACCAGCCUGCAGAACCGCACCUCGGUGGGCUACCUGCUGGACCUGCCCGUGGACAUCGAGUCCAUCCUCAUCAACGCUGCCCAGCGCUCCGACUACACAUCAACAUCAUCAGGCUCGGAGUGUGUGGACAAGCCGUACGCGCCCCUCCCUGGGACCUCGGUGCCCCUGGAGCUGGACCCCCCGAGGGGCGGCGUGAGCUGCCACGUCAAGCUGACCUCGGCGCCGGGCUCGGUGGUGCGCCUCACCAUCAGCUCCUUCCUCAUCCAGCCCUCCGACUGUGUGGGCGACGCCCUGACGGUGUACGACUCCCUGCUGCCCAUGAGUGCGCGCACCCUGCACAGGGUGUGUGACCCGGUGACCGACCCCCUCUACCUGGUGUCCACGUCCAACGUCAUGCUGCUGUCCUUCCGCCUGGCCCCUGGGACCAAGCGCUUCAGGGGCCACUUCCAGGCCGUGGCGGAGGAAGCGUGUUUGUCUCACGUUGAGACCCAGGAGGGCGCCGGCUACACCGGACACAUCUACAGCCCCUUCCACCCCAGCCUGCUGCCAACCAAAUGCAUCUGCACCUGGCUGUUUGAGACUCCCAGCCCGUCUCUGGGCGUCAGCCUGAAGUUCCACAACUACGUCCUGAGACCCAAGUACCUGAAUCCCUGCACACACGGCUGGUGGAAGGUCAACCACCUCAUAUUCUGUGGCAGCUACGUGGGCUACUCCACGGUGUUCCGGAUCUCCCACCCCAGCCCGGAGGUGGAGUUCCGCUGCAGCUCGCGCCAGGCCCAGAUGCCCUUCCAGGCCGCCUACAGCAGCUACAACCUCAGCCAGCCGUGCGAUCAGGGCCACUUCCUCUGCUCCACGGGGUUCUGUGUGGAGAGGCAUCAGCGCUGCGACGGCCUGGACGACUGCCAGGACGAGAGCGACGAGCACUUCUGCUCCCCACCCAAUAAGAGCUGUGGUGGCCCAAGCCCACCCCACCCUCUGUACGUCUGCGACGGGCACAGCGACUGCAGCAAUGGCCGGGACGAGCUCAACUGCACCCAGGAGACCAGCUGCUCUGGGAUCAGCCACCAGUGCAGCAGCGGCACCUGCAUCCUGAAGAAGAACGCGCGGUGCGACGGCGUCCCAGACUGCCAGGACCGGAGCGACGAGGAGGACUGCGACUGUGGCCUCCCUUCCCCGGUGAGGAAGGUGGGCUCGUUCUCUAACCUGGACCGCAUUGUGGGCGGAGCCAACUCUCUGGAGGGGGAGUGGCCUUGGCAAGUGGGCCUGCUCUUCUCUGGGAACCUGUACUGUGGCGCCUCUGUGCUCUCUGCGGAUUGGCUGAUAUCUGCCGCCCACUGCUUCAGCAAAGAAAGGCUGGCGGAUCCCCGGUCGUGGAGGGCCCACCUGGGCAUGCUGACGCGGGGCGAGGCGCGGCACGUGGCUGAGAUCCAGCACGUCGUGGUGCACGAGUUCUACGACGCCAGCACCUUCGACUACGACGUGGCCCUGCUGCGGCUCCGGAGGCCCUGGCCCGCCUCGCUCGCCCCCCUGGUGCAGCCCGUCUGCCUGCCCACGCCCUCCUUCACCCCCGGCCCGCUGCGGCCCUGCUGGGUCACCGGCUGGGGCUACCGCUCCGAGGGCGACAAGGUGCUGCCGGCCGUGCUGCAGAAGGCCCAGGUGAGCCUCCUGAGUCCCAGUGAGUGUAAGAAGCGGUUUGAUCCGGUGACGGCCCGCAUGCUGUGCGCCGGGGUCCCGUCUGGAGCUCAGGACGCCUGCAACGGGGAUUCGGGGGGACCCCUGGCCUGCCAGGCCUCGGCGGGGGGCCGCUGGUUCCUCAUGGGCAUCGUGAGCUGGGGGUCCGGCUGUGGAAGACCCAGGCUGCCUGGGGUCUACACCCGAGUCAGCAAGCUCACGGCCUGGAUCCACCAGCACAUCACCUGACCCCGCUCAGCCUCCAGCAUAUACACUCUCAAACACACACACACUCUCAUACAUAUAUACUCUCACACACACACACACACACACACACACACACACACAUAUAGACUCUCUCACACACACACACACACACACACACACACACUCACACAUAUAUGCUUAUAUACACUCUCUCACUCACUCUCACACAUAUAGACUCUCACACACACACUCACACACACACACACACACACACACACACUCACACAUAUACACUUAUAUACACUUUCUCUCACUCACUCUCAAACAUAUACACUCUCACACAUACACACACCCUCACACACACACACUUUCUCAGGCCCCCGUCCAUACGGGUGAAAACUAUCGUUUUCCUUGGCAACGUUUCAGGAAAUUUCUCCGUAAAGAUGGACUCAUGCAAGAACGUAUGUAGCUGUAGAACCUCUGUAGUACAAGGCCUCUAGUGGAGCUGGUUCUGCACCAAAAAAAGAAGAAGACCAGGCGUAUCAAGCCUGCAUGCUGUAUACAAACAUACAGUCAAGGAGGAGAAAGCAGUUGUUAAACCUUGUAGAUUAAGCAGAAAAUACUUUUUAAUGUACAGUUCUAAUUACAUUUACGGGGCUGUAUUUAUAUCUACGAAAAUAAUACAAAUCUAACGUUGCCAUCUGGUGGGAAUCCUAACACGAAAACGCAUAGGGCCGUUUUUAUCUUAUCCACCCUGGGACCUGGUUUCAAAAAAGUGUGUUUUCGGCCACCAAAACGCCGGAUCCGUGUGGAUGGUCGUCCCAAACGCACAAGACUUCUGCAUUUCACAAAAAAAAAAUGUACGUGUGGACGGGGCCUCACUCUCUCAGCCUCCCACGUAUACGUAUACUCCCACACACACACUCUCACACAUAUACACUCUCUCACACACACUCUCUGACUCACCCACAUACACAUACACUCACACACACACUCUCUCUCACUCCCUCUCACACACACUCUUUCUCUCUCUCUCAUUCACUCACGCACACAGGGCCGUAGCACCAAAUUCUGGGCCCUGUAUACAAGAGGUACUGAUGGGGGGGGGGGGCUGCACAGACACACACACACACAUUCUCUCUCUCACGUACACAACCUCACACAAUCUCUCUCACACUCUACCUCAUACUCACACACACUCUCUUCGACAUAUGCAAACUCUCUUUCUCUCACGUAUGCACUCUCUCACACACGCACACACACACACACACACACACACACACACACUCUCUCUCUUGCACACACAAAAGCACUCACACAUACAAACACAAGUGGUUGUUUACCUGUCUGCACAUGGUCACCAGGGACAUGGGAGUAAAAUUACACUUUUGAAAUGUUUAUCGUUAUUAACAUUAGCAGAACAAUUUGUGAUGAUAUGUUUAUCUUCAGGUCGAAUCUGUGAAAAAAGUGUCAUUCAAUAAGUGCCCUUAAUUGCUCAUGGAAAUUCGAACAUUUUGUUUUUUUUCUGAAAGAAUAAUUCAAUAAAAUAAUUUGACAGUGAAUUUGAA